ACGUCACAGUGAUGUCGUGCAGACAACUUCGACGUCAGGUGAGUGCACGCCACCCUGCCACUGCAGAGGCGCGUGACACUGCGGGGAGGCCCGGAGCGCGCCUGCUCGCUCCCGACACCUCGUCCCACUGCAGACUUCCCGGCCCGGACAGACAGAAUAGGAACCGAGCAAGCAGCGAUGGCCGAGUCCAAGCCGCUGUGGGGGUUCCCGCGUCUGCGCCGUGCCGCGACUUCCUUUCCAGGCAACUUGCACUUGGUCCUGGUGCUCCGCCCCUCCACCUUGUUAGGCUCCACCCCCAGCCCAUCCUCAAGCACUGACCUCGGCUUCCGCUUCAGCCAGGAUGACUUCCUGUUCAAGAUGCCGGUGGUGAUGCUGCGCUCGGUGGGCGACCUGCUGCGCUACAUCGACGACAACCACCUGACGUCAGAGUUGUGCAGCAACGUGGAGCGAUGUCGCAGUGACUGGAUCGUGCUGCGCUCGGCCAUCGAGACGUUUGCAGUGACAGUGAAGGAGGUCGCACAACUGCUGCAAGGUUUCGGCUCCGAGUUGUCUGAUGGUGAACUUCCUGACGAGGCCACCGCCAUCGACUUCCUGCUGCGCUCGCACAUGCAGCGAUACCGCCACAUGAAGGACGACAUUCGAGGGGUGCUGAAGGAAGGACGCCUCCUGAUGGACAACCUGGAGACACUCAAAGUGUCCAAGAGCGCCAGGGAGGAGCAGGAAGAGGAUGAGGAGGACAUCCAAGCAGACAUGGACACAGUUCAAAGGCUGUUGUCUCAGCUGCGAGACAUGGAGGAGGCCUUUGAUGGUUUCUUUGACAAGCACCACCUGAAGAUGCAGCAGUACCACCAGCUCAUUCUCUACGAGAGCAGCUUUCAGCAGAUGGAAGAGGAACUGGAGAAGAUCUCAGCUGAGGAGAAGGCCAUCUUGUCAGUGGGAAGUACGCUGAUGCAUACUGAACAGCUGCUCAAAGACCUCCACACCCUAGACCAACGUGCACAGGAAGCGAUGGCACGCGCUCAGGUGCUGCUGCUGCACGGCCACCAGCUGGCCGCCAACCAUCACUACGCCCUGGCGCUCAUCAUUCAGCGCUGCAAUGAGCUGCGACAUCACUGUGAUGUCAUCACCGGCGGCGUGCGCAGCAAGCGCGCAUCACUCACCCGCACGCGUGACCUGCUGCUCCGCCUGGACGAGGCGCUGCGCUGGUGCGAUGAGGGUGCGUACCUGUUGGCCAGUCAGAUGGUGGACAAGUUCCAGACCAGAGAAGGUGCUCAGGAGGCCUUGCACUACCUCAGCUGCCACCAGGAGAGGGCGCCACCUGUGCUGAAGAACAAGCAAGACCUCCUCAGUCUGGAGUUUGAGUCAGUCCUCACACCCCAGCUGCAGGAUCAGAUCUCCAUGGUGAUGGACAAGCUGACCUCCAUGCAGGCCAUGAUCCGAAACAGGGAGCAGUGUCUCAGGAAGCUGGCUGACGUGCGGGUCAGACCCAUCCAGCUGGUGGCACCAAGGCCCGAAGCCGACCUGACCCUUCAGCGCUGCAAGUCGCCCCUCUUCUCACCCAAACAUGGGAUGGACUUUAACCUCCUCAACUCCAAGUUCUCCUUUGACCUUCUUCCUGGAAAAAGAACGUCCAGGAGGAGCAGUAGCCAGCGCAAGAUUGAGGUGAUGCACGACUACCAAGGCAACCGCAGCUCUCUGUACGGCCCCGCCCCCGACACCGACUCAGAGGCGGAGGACAAUCCUGAACAAGCCACACGCCGAGUCAUGAAGGAACUGAUCCACACGGAGAAGAUCUACGUGGACGAGCUGCUCGCCGUCCUGCUGGGUUACCGAGCAGAGAUGGAGGAUCCGUCCAUGUCUCAUCUUCUUCCUUCGCUUCUUGUCAGUCAGAAGGACAUUCUGUUUGGCAACAUGCCAGAAAUUUACCAGUUUCACAGCAGAAUCUUCCUGCAAGAUCUCCAGCGUUGCCUGGACACACCAGAGAGGGUGGGGGAGUGCUUCCUCCGGCGGAAGGAAAAGUUCCAGGUGUAUGAACGCUACUGCCAGAACAAACCUCGCUCUGAAUCGCUUUGGAGACAGUGCUCUGACUCCGCCUUCUUCCAGGAGUGCCAGAAGAAGCUGGAGCACAAGCUGGCCUUGGACUCGUACCUCCUGAAACCGGUCCAGCGCCUCACCAAGUACCAGCUCCUCCUCAAGGAGCUUCUCAAGCACUGCACGCAGCUGCAGUACCGCACGCAACUGCAGGAGGCACUGGACUGCAUGCUGGACCUGCUCAAGUUCGUCAAUGACUCCAUGCACCACACCGCCAUCACCGGAUACCAGGGCGAUCUUGGCAGUCUGGGUCGCGUGCUGCUGCAGGGCGGCUUCAGCGUGUGGAUCAGCCACAAGAGGGCGGCGGUGCUGGCCCGGUUCAAGCCCAUGCAGAGACAUGUCUUCCUGUACGAGCGCGCUCUGCUCUUCUGCAAGCGGCGGGACGACGACGCGCACGAGCGCACGCCCGUCUACAGCUUCAAGUCCUGCCUCAGGAUGAGCUCCAUGAAAGUCACAGAGAAUGUCAAAGGAGACGCCAAAAAGUUUGAAAUGUGCGACACCCGAGGACACGAAGUCUACAUCCUACAGGCCCCCAGUGUGGAGGUGAAGGUCACCUGGCUUAGAGAGCUUCGAAAGAUCAUGAGUCAGCAGCAGAAAGAACAAGCUGCUUGUGUGUCAGAGCCCCACAUCUCUGACAGUGCGUCUGAGAUGUGUGUCUCAUGGGGCAGAGCCUCGUCGGGAGGCUGCUCAGCGUGUCUUCCUGUUACUCACAGCUCGUCGGCCAAAAGCCACGCCUACCCAAGCAGAUGGGAGGAGUCUGUGCACACAAGCCCCGCCCACUCUGACCCUGUGGUCCACUCGCCUCGACGCGGUUGGCCUGUCGCCGCCCACACGGUGGCCAUCUGUGACGGCCUGGAGGACUGGGGGGCCACGGAUCUGUCCAACCUGUCAGACUCUGAGGAGGAUGAGGACGAGGACGAGGAAGACCAGCCCACCCCACUGGUCGCAGGCCGGUACCGGGUCCUGGUGGCCAGCAGCAUGGCCAGCAGUGAUGACAUCAUCUUUAACUGCGGCGAUGUUAUCCAGCUGAUGCACGAGGAUACGUCGGGAAUGUGGCUGGUGAGGAACGUAAGCCGUGGCGAAGAGGGGCGUGUCCUGUCUGAGGACCUGCACAGGAUUCUGGGAGAGACGUGCUGAGAGCCGAUCAUAGCAGAGACAUCUUCACGCCAAAGCACAACAUCAGCGACGCCUCCGCCUUCAUUGUUGUCACCAUCAUCAUCGUCAUCACCAACAGGAAGUCUUCAUGUGCCAAAUUGUUAGGCUUCUGAAGGUUAGCAUAGCACGUUAGCUUUUUUUCCACUUGUGUUUGUAAGCUAAUAGUUAAAGGGGUCAGGGUGUGUUUGGAGUCGUGGACGACGCUUCACAAGUGCCUUAAACGUGACGGCCAGCAGGGGGCUGCGCCCCCCCACUGGCGUGAAAAGUUCUAGCCUUCAAGGCGGGAAUCCUCAAAUGUGACGUCUCUGACUUGAUGAUAUUGCCAGGAUUUAGACUCAUACCCCAGCCAGUGGCACAUCUUGGCACUUUGUAGUUCUUUUCAAUGCUUGCGCUACGAAUUUCACAAUAAAAGCACACAAUUGUUUGAAUAAAUGACUU